UUAUUGUUGAAGAAGCGGAGUAGCAGAUAACAGUUUUGUGCUGUAGCUUACCCGCGUAGCUAUUUUCUUCUGGAAGUUUUCUUUCAACAUGGCGAUAACAGACGAUGUAGCCGUUGUUAGUCCGCAAAUUCAAAAUAAUAGCGAAGGUGGAAAAACUGCUUCGACCGUCCAAAAUAAAGGAAGUGUUUUAAACAGUUCUACUGGCUUCAGUAUGUGUCGCGGAGACGGAAAAUUGAUUCAGGAAAAGGAGCAAACCUGGACUAACGAUGUUUCAGAUAAAGAAAUCUGUCGGGUGCCGGUCUACCAAGAAAGACAGAUUGCCGAAGAGUUUGGGAAUGCAAGAACAGAGGAAAUGAACAGCUGCAUGGGCGAACUCCGCCUGUCUUCACCCAAGGAAAGAGAAUCGGUGGAAAAAAGAAAAACGCGUUCACGAUCUCGUUCUUAUUCCCCAAAAAGGAAAUCCAAGUCCAGAUCACUGUCGUCUAGUAGCUCAAGCAUGUCCCGCACUUCUAGCAGCUCAAGCGACAGUGAUAGAUCAACUUACUCCAGAAGGAGGUCACGGUCAAGAGGGCGAUAUAGAAGCUUUCGCACUUGCCGGAGACGCAGAAGUCCAUCAAGGUCUUCCUCGAGAAGUCCAUCAAGGUCUUCCUCGAGAAGUCGGUCUCGUUCUUAUCCACGAUGCUGCAGGUCGCGGUCUCGUUCUCGUUCUCAUUCCCGUGGGAGGCAUUAUAGAUUUUUCUACAAAUGCAGAUCACGCUCCAGAUCUUAUAGAUCAAGGUCCUAUCACAGGAGAUAUAGAUCAAGAUCUAGAUCUCGCUCAAGGUCCUGGACAAGAGGAAGACGAUACUAUGGCUUUGUACAGACUGGUCGGGAAAGAUUUGUGGACCGAAGUUACAGAACUCCAUCUCGCUCUCCAAGCAGACGUGCCGUUCGUUUAACCGAGAAAGAUAAACUUAAACUUUUGGAGAUUGCAAAGGCAAACGCAUCCAGGAUCCUUGGAGUGGAAAACGUGGAGGUUCCUGCUAGUAUAAAAGCUAAAGUACAGGUGUCCCCAGAUAUUAACAGUAUGAAGGGGGAAUUGAAUGCUGGACAUGAUGAAAAGAAUCUUGAAAAUCCUCUACAGUGCCUUGAUGGAGAGAAUCGGGUGGUAAAGUGUCAAGUGGAUUGUUUUGUGAAAUUGGGAAUCUUUUGCGUGUUAGGAUUAUGUCAGUGGGUGGGGGUAGCUGAAAUUGCUUAGCAGUACUGCCCUUUUGUUCAAGCACCUGUAUUCCUUAGUUUAAAAUUGAGCCUUCAGAAUUAAGUGGGAUUGUCUUUAAAAACAUUGGGAUUUCAAUCAGAUUUCUUUCAUUUGCAUUGUACCUUUUUAUGUGGGUACAGCGUAGCAUUUGUUUUAAAGUAACUAGCAAAUAGCUUGUUCAUUUGCCACUAAUAUCUAAAACAGAAUGUCAAGUAGUUUUUGCUGAGGAAAGUCAUCGGGAGUCUAUACUGUCGUGGUGCUUGGUAUGUCACUUAUCCUUUACGUGAAAUAUUCACACAUUGAACAAGUGUAUUAGGUAUGGAAAUCAUAUUUUAUUCACUGUAUUUCCAGAUAAGAGAUGUUACAGAAGAAGAACCAGGCUGCAUAAUCUAAAGAUAAGUUUCCUGUGCAAAAAUGUAGUGCAGGACAAGAGCACAAUGUCUUCCAAACACAGGGAGAAUUUUUUUUCUUUUGUCUUAAAUGUGUCCCUUCCCAAACAUUACUAAAUUACGUGUAAUGCACUUAAUUGGUUAGGUUUUUUUUCCUCCUCUCAGGGUUAUUUGUUAAUUUACCAAGUUUAAGUGGCUGCUUCUCUACUGCAGCAUUGCAGUGUUUACAGUGAUGUCUGCCACAUCCUUGACAAGUUCUACUUAUGAUCAUGGAGUGUGUAUAUAGGGUGUAGAUGUACUGACAUGAUUAAAACUUUUGGAAAUACGACACUAGAACUUUUUAUGUUGCUCAAUUAUAUUGAGUCCUGUAAUUUCAGAAGUGGAGCUUAACUUGAUAAUCCCCUUCAAUAGAAUUUAAAAGUUUGUAUAGUUCAUGGUACAGUGAUGUGCCUUAGUCUCAAGCGUAACAUUUCAUAAAUGCAACUUUGUGUGGUAUUGAGGAUUGCUAAAGUUUUAUCUUUUUUUUUUUUGUGCAGCUGUCCAGAAAAGUUGAAGAUUUUGUUGCUUCAAGAGAGAAGUCUCCCAAAACAAAAGCUCUUGCAUUUAGCCCAAAUAACUCUGUUGCAAAACCUACAACCGCUAAACUACAAAGCAGCCCAGUUGCUGAUUCUAGCACCCUUGAUAAAUAUCAGUGCCCUUAUGGACAGUGGAUACCAGUUAACGUUAACAAAGAAGCAAGCAAAAAUCUCUUUACAAACAUUUCACCAAACCAAUCUCUUGCUAAGUCACGGUAGCAGCAACUAAAGACAUUUUUUUUGUGUGUAAAGUUUUGUAUAUAGGGGGGGGUUUAGUGUGCACAUAUAUUUAAAUAAAAGUGUUGAAGAUUUCUUUUCCAGAUGUAAGUGGAUUGAAGACUGGACAAGAGUUCAUAAAGGUGGGAUUUUUUUUCUAAAUGUUGCAGUCAUGGUUGUGUAGUAUUUUGUAUUCAAUUAAAUAAAGCGUUCAAUACUAAA